CGGCCAUUGUCGGCCCAUUAAAGAAAAGCCCUUCAUACAUCGCUUUGGAAAGGAAGUACCGUAGAAGAUCUUCUUCCUUCUACCCUGUUAAUAGGGAAUCCUGCAAAUCGGAGUAAACCUUUUAGCCUGCCGAAGAUUCAAUCGCUGAUCCUUGUUUUGACCGAAGAAGAUGUCUUCACUUGCAGCUGCUAGGGCAGACAAUUUUUACUACCCUCCAGAAUGGACCCCAAAACAGGGUUCAUUGAACAAGUUUCAUGGCCAGCAUCCACUGAGAGAGAGGGCAAGGAAGAUGAACCAAGGCAUUCUGAUUAUAAGGUUCGAAAUGCCAUUCAAUGUGUGGUGCGGUGGAUGCAAUUCUAUGAUUGCAAAGGGUGUACGAUUCAAUGCAGAAAAAAAACAAGUGGGAAACUAUUAUUCUACAAAGAUAUGGAGCUUUACCAUGAAAUCUGCUUGCUGCCAACAUCAGAUUGUUAUCCAGACGGAUCCGAAAAAUUGUGAGUAUGUGAUUAUCAGUGGGGCUCAGCGAAAGACUGAGGACUUUGAUAUUGAAGAUGCAGAGACCUUUGCGCUUCCAGCGGAUGAAGAAAAAGGUAAGCUUGCAGACCCGUUUUAUCGACUCGAACACCAGGAAGAGGACUUACAGAAGAAGAAAGAAGCUGAACCAGUACUUGUUCGCCUCCAGAGAGUGUCUGAUGCAAGGCAUUCAGAUGAUUAUGCCAUCAACAAAGCUCUAAGAGCCCAAUUGAGGAAUCAGAAGAAAAGAGUUGCUGACGAAGAGAGGGCUUCGAAAAAAAUGGGGCUAGGCAUACGGCUGCUUCCAACGAGCAAAGAAGAUGCUGCUGCUGCAGCACAUGUGAAGUUCUCAUCCAAGUUUGACCGAAACAGGAAGGAUAAACGAGCGCUGAUUAAUGCUUCUUCGAUUUUCUCUGGAUCAUCAGCAUCAACCUCAAAUUCAAAGCAAUUGGAGUUAGAAUCAAAGAGAAGAAGAAUCAGUGCAUCUGCAGCUUCUAAUUUGCUGAGAGGAGGAUUCAAGCCGUCAUCGUGGUCACAGAGUUCUUUGCUGUCAAGCAGGCAUAAUCGCGCCCCAGUCACCGUAAGAAAAUUUUAGAUAGAGUUCCCUUAAAGUUGUAAGAUGAUUGUUUUACUUGUCAGAUGCACGAUGGGGAAUUCUGGUAUGAAGCCCAUGUAAAUAUGCAUUUACUUGAAUUUCUCAUGAUCUCUGUUUUUUUGGGCAAAUUUUCUCUCAAAGUGGGUGUUGUAUGAUAUAAUAUUUUUGAAAUGGGAUGUUUUUCAAGUUUCUUGAGCAGCUAAUAACUACAUUAUGUAGUAUAUUUAUCACAGUAUAUAUGUAUAGUUGGUGUUUAGGAUUGGCAUAGGUGGUUUCUUCUGUCUGAUUGAGCUUCCAUAAAUUUUUGCU